UCAAGAACUAUCUCUAACGUACCAGCAUCUACUCACACGACUUACCAAAAACACAACCUUACCUUAAACCAGUUACACUCAAAGUCUCAAAUUUUGUGAUAAAAAUUGGAUUUUCACACUACCCAAAAUCCUAAUCAAGUAGAAAAAUGAAAUUGUAGAAGAAGUUUCAUCAUAAAACAUGAAAGGGUUAGGUUCUCAUACACUCUUGAUUCCAAAGGCAAAGCCUCCUCUUUCAUUUGCAAUACUUGAUGCAUUACCAUGUUGUUCUUAUUUCUCUAGAACCACCACUUUAUCCCCAGUAAGAUGCAGACAGAAAUUGAAGUUGAGCCUGGCGCGUGGCGAAAUUCGAGCCCAAGCUUCAAAUACUAGUGUUGGACCGGGGGAUUAUGGAAAUAAUCAAGAGAAAGACAGCCAGAAUGUGUCUGAAAGAAAUUCUGUUGAUGACAGUUCAUCUAAAAUUGUGAAACCUAUUCAGAUUCCUUAUCCUGUAUCUAUAGCUACUGUGCUGUUUGGAUGUGCUAUUGUGUUUUCACUAAUAGCCUUUGUGAAAGGAGGGCCUUCAUCAGUUCUAGCAGCAAUUGCUAAAUCAGGAUUCACUGCUGCAUUUACAUUAAUAUUUGUUUCUGAAAUCGGGGACAAGACAUUCUUUAUAGCUGCACUCCUGGCAAUGCAAUAUGAGAAGGGAUUGGUUUUGUUGGGUUCAAUGGGUGCUCUUGCACUCAUGUCAAUCCUAUCUGUUGUAAUAGGACGUAUUUUUCAAUCAGUGCCUGCACAGUUCCAGACAACCUUGCCGAUUGGAGAAUACGCGGCAGUAACUCUUCUUUUGUUUUUUGGACUAAAAUCAAUAAAAGAUGCAUGGGAUCUUCCUUCAGCUGCUGCUAAAAAUGGUGAUAAUGGCAGUCCUGAACUUGACGAACUCGCUGAAGCUGAGGAGCUUGUGAAAGAAAAGGCAUCCCCACGGCUUUCAAAUCCACUCGAGAUCAUUUGGAAAUCAUUCAGUCUUGUAUUUUUUGCUGAAUGGGGAGAUCGGUCAAUGCUUGCAACUAUCGCGCUGGCGGCUGCUCAGUCUCCUUGGGGUGUGGCAAGUGGAGCCAUUGCUGGACACUUACUAGCAACAUGUAUUGCCAUUGUUGGAGGAUCACUCCUUGCUAACUACAUUUCUGAAAAACUGGUCGGUUACUUGGGUGGAGGGCUGUUUCUAAUUUUUGCUAUAGCCACCUUUUUUGGGGUUUUCUGAUUUCUGUCAAGCCCUACUCUUUUUUCGUGUGCAAUAUAUCACUUGUGGGAAUAAUAAGGAUGCAUACUCAAAUGCAGAACCAAUGAUGCGUGAACAGAAAAAAAAAUCAUACUUCAAGUGUGUUGAUUUCCUUUAGGAGUAAAUUAUUCACAUGGAUAGAUAAUAAGAAACCUGAUAUCUGUCAUUAGAGUUAAACUUUGAGGAGAAAGCUGUGUAAUUGUUUCUCACUUUCUCUAGAGAGCAGCUAUUGUAAUGUGUGUGUUGUAUUAACCAAACUACAUUGAAGGAUUCAUCCAUUUGUUAGUAAAUGAACUUGUUUAUUGGACA